ACGAAAUUCAAACGAGUUUGCGCAACCUAGUUCUUCUUGACUUCUGUAUUGCUCGAAGAACGACAAAAAAAAAUUUCAACGAUGCUUUGGCAUAUCAUUAUCUGCGCUUUCAUUGUAGCCACUGGAGGUUCACCUUUGCAAUCGGUAGCACAUUCCAAUGUUGUUGUUGAAGAUCGUUUGGCCGUCAUCAAAAGCACGAGACAAGCUUCAAAUAGUUUCACUUUUGGCUUUCAUACUACAAACGGGAAGCUGAGAUACAAAUAUACUGAAAAUGAUGGCUGGUCUGAUUGGAUUGAUCUUGGCUCACCCAGUGGUACCGAGGUGAUUUCCAAUCCAUCUGCUGUUCACGAUGCCAAAAAUCUUACCAAAGUAUUCUGCCUUUGCGCCGAUGGUCAAGUUUACUCAAUAGAGCAAGAUGCACAGAAGACAACUGCUUUUGGGAAGUGGAUGGUCAUAUCAAUAAAGCUACCUAUGGACAAAGGUGCUGUUCUGAAUGGAAAAGACAAUGUCAAGGCUCUCAUCUUCCAGGGAAAGGUUUCUGUAUUUGCCAGAACUCUAGCAAAGAGUUCCAGAUUGUAUUGGACACAAGAGAAUAAUGGGAACUGGACAAGCUGGUCUCUGAUUGGUGGAACAUCAGUAGCUCUCAAGACUGACAUGACAGUGGUUUAUAAUGGAUUCUCUAAGUAUUUAGAAGCAUUUGCAGUAAUGGAAAACAAAUACAUGUACAGAACAUGGCAGACAAGUCCCAGUAAAUGGGUGUCGUGGGAUAAGACAGGUUACAGAGCUCCAACAUCCGUCCAUGCUCCAGUAGCUCAUCAAAUGCCACUCAACUUUUUCAAUGGUGCUAUCAACGUGUUUGUCUUUGGUGAAGAUGGGUAUAUUCAUCACAUAUGGCAGACAACAUGCGACAAGGUGCCAAAUCCCUGGGGAUGGUGUACAUGGAGCUUGUGGUACAAGAUAGGCAGUGCAAUCCCAAAGUCAGCUGAAUCUGCAAAUCCCUUGAGUAUUGGUGCAAAUAUACACAAUGGCAUUGAGGUCUUCACUGUCAGCAGUGAUGGUGGCUUGUGGCAUUUAUGGGAACUUGAACAAGGUAGUGACUGGAGUUCAUGGGAAUAUGUUGGUCGACCAAAGUCUGGACCAAUAGCCAGUCAUCCAGCUAUUAUAAAUGAUGACAAAGGCUGGUGGGCAGCAUAUGCACUUGGUUUCAAAGAUGAUAUAGAAAUUGUGGAGCAGAACCGGUCUUUACAGUUAUCACCAGCUGAAGCACCAGCCGGGAAACCAGUCAUAGUUUCCUGGAUGGUACCAGUUGAUGAGGCCACAGCAAUGGAUUGGAUUGGAGUUUAUCCAAGUGGCUCUGAUAACAACAUGUACGUUGAUUUCUACUAUGUUGGUGGAGGUCAAAACCCAGGCAAAAAUGCUCGAUCAAAGGGUUCCUUAACCUUUACGUCAUACUUGCCCAAAGGAAAAUAUGACUACAGAUAUUUAGUAAACAAAAAGUUUUUUGAUGCCAUUACAACACCUUUCACAGUGGUUAGUGGGCCAACCGACAAAGAAUGGGUCCAAGUCUACAGAGGCAUUGCCGCAGGGUUGGGCAAAUACAAUGUGAGCUUUGAGACAUGUGCCAAGGAUGGUGAACAGACUGUUGAAACAUUCAAGCAAGCAUUUGAGGCCUUUGAUAACAAACAGGUUUACCGUGGUAUGCAGCUUAUUGGACAGGCUUUGAUAGAUGUUUACAAGGCCUUUGAAGCUUGUGAAGAAACAGCCAUUGCUAAGAAAUUGGAGAAGCUAGCCAAUGAUUUUAUCAAAUGUACAGCAGGUAAUUGUGUCAACUUUGCUAUUGACUCUAUUGAAGAAAUCAUUAUUUUGUUUGAGAAUGUCUACGAGAUUUAUGGUGAUGUCAAAGGUGCCAGUAAUUCAUUCAAGAUUGAAGCUUAUGAACAAGGUGGAUGGUGUGUUGGUCGUGUAGUUGCUGUAUGUCUUGCAAUCCCAACAUGAUUGAAUUACACACUGUAUAUGUAUGCUUUAAACUUAUUCGAACUUUCAAAUUCUUAUCAAUACACUGAAACAAACUCUGGACUGAUCUAAGUCAUAGCAUGGAUAACUUGCAGAUCCAACCACAAAACAAAUUGUGGGCUGACCUAAGUCAGUGCACAGCUAAUUCAUAGAGUAGAUCAAAUUAGAAUUUAGCUGGUUAGAUUUUGACGAUUUGAUUAGACUUUGUGCUUCUUUAUCAUAAAACAACCUUUGCCUCCUGCUGACUGGCUUCACAGGACUUUAACUUGUGCUGCGGUUCUUAACAUAAGAAAAAUUUGCUUUUUUUUUGAAAAUUUUGAAAUAGAAUCACCAAUUAUUUAUAAUAAAAUACAAAUCAUAGGAUAAAAGUUGCAAAUUCAGCGUAAAAAAAACAUCUAUGUUCCGUACAAUCCAGCCAACCAAAGUCCAGUCCAUUCCAUCUAUGUACGGUUCCGGAUUUUCUAAAAUUAAAAAACACUUAAAAUUCGGGCUUUUAGAAGAGGAAAACAAGUUUUAGAAGUUGGGCAUGUUUUUGCUGUACAUAAAGAUUAUCCAUGGCCUUCUGAUAUGACUUUUUUUUUUAAAUUUCUGGCAUCACAGUUUGAGAAAAAUAAAUGACUUACAAAAUGUUGUUCUUUUAA